GCAGCAGGCAUCAUCAUGAAUCGCGGGCUGCAGCUUCACGGAUGGUUGUGAACAUGUCUUUCUUGGCUUGAAUGAUUUGUUGCUCUGGAAAGGCUUCUCUCGAGUCACUCAGGUUGCGUUGGGGGCUUCCUCUAGCCAGGUUUAAGCGUGGCUGAAGCCGUAUUCUGCCGAUUCUCCGGGUCCUGUAAACCACUCUGUGCCCAGAUCAGAUCAAGUUGGGCAAAAACCCUUUAUUUUACCCUUCGGGGCUCCCAGGGACAAGGGGCUAUGGUGUUCAAGGCCUAGAGUGCUGAUCAAUGUCGGUGGUUAGGGGACGCAGGGACGCAGGAGGUGUCGGUCGGGUCCGAAGUGGGCUCUGAAGACAACCUCGGAGCGCGGAUUGGACACUAUCAAAAUAGCAGAGAUGGAGAAGGGAACGGCCGAGACUCGCAAAUAGGGGAAAGCAUGUGAUGAAUGGAGACGGCCGACGCUGAGCAAAGAGCUGGGGCGACCUCCGGCGAGCCCCACGAUGGCGAUCCCGUCGCUCUGCCGCACUCAUGGCUGGCUGACGGGUUUCCGAUGUUGGUUUCUCAAUCUCUCAGGGCUGCGUUGAUAUUGAUCCUUCAAGGGUUGUUGUUGACGAGGUUGGAUUCCGACAGAGCGCGAACAGGUGCACCUGGCUCUCGCGGGCGAAGCGAGCUAAGGCUAUGGGGGCGUGCGGUGUCAGUGCGGACGUUUGUCAUCUGGACCAACGCAACGUCAGCCAGCAUUAGUUGUUGGGUACUGGGUAUCCAGGAUCCUGAAGUGAAGCCCGGGGUGUCAGUGUGGACGGACGUCCUGGGGACCGUGACAGUGGCGCUACUCCUGCAAGAUUUGAGACACGAAGAACCAGCGAGCAGGUAUCUGUACUUGGAUAAUUGCAUCCCAGGCGCCCUUUGGCAUGCUGUGAUCAGGGAACCAAGCAGGCAAAAGCCAAGGCCGCCAGGUCCGGAAGAAGAGGAGUUGUGUCAACAAGCAUCGGAGAGAUCGCUACAUCCGCAUCGUGUCGAGCUGGCAGGGCCUGGUAGAAGGGCAAUUAUACUAGGACGGACUAUUGCUGCUGAUUCUAGUCACACUACCGCGAAUGUGUGUUUGCGGUGCUGAUGUCGCCUGAUACCGGUAGGUUGUAGCCCAAGUGAGUUGAACGUGCAAAAAUGUCAUCAGCGGCGCAAGCGAGGUUGACGAGGGGAACAUGGGACGGCGGCGAUGGGUGAGGCCAAAGCAGCUAGGUGGA